AUGGAAAAUUCAUUGGCAUUUUAUUGCCUUAUUGGCACGCUACUUACAGCAAUAAGUGAACACGAAAUAACAAUUCAAUACAGCAAAACGUGGAACAAUGCACUUGGGAUAACUCGACAGUCAAUGAAUCUACUCCAAGAGAACGAGGUGAUUUAUUCAAAAGGACAUUGUCCUGUUGAACUUUCUCCCUGCGAUAAAAAAUGA